AUGCAAAGGCGCGAAGACGAGAUGGCCAAAUGUAGUGCUGCUGCAGCAACCUGUGAUGGAGGCAGUAAGCCCGAAUCAAAACCGCCCGUGACGCAAGACCAGGAGAGAACUAUCAGCGAGCCAGGAGACCGCGAACCCUCUCAUGAGGCGGUUGGUGAUGUCCAGGCCGGAAAGGCUAACCCAUCAACGGGCACGAUCGAUGACAAGGAAUUACAAACCUACGAUCUCGUUUCUCUCAACUCAAACAGCACUUACAUGGAGGAGGAAGUGAGGGUAACGAUGAUCAGGAGUCAUGACCGCGAAUCACAGCUACAGCCUGAUAACAGUGACGACGAGGACGCAGAUGCGGACCCAGUGGCCGUCCCGUCGAAAAGCCAGGACACGGACCACGGCAAAGACAGCCUAGAGAUUUUACAGCCAUCGCGGCUGUUUGGCGAGGAACCGGGAUCGAAGUACACUUCGGAGAAUGAGGAAGAACAGGAUGCAGCUAUGGAACAGGUUUCAACCAUGUCCACCUCUUCCCUUGAUGACACCAAGGAUGUCCUGCAGGAGAUUGAAAUGCAUCAACACGGGAAAGAAAAACCACCUCAUUCGAAAGAUACCAGUGUGCCCCAAAUGAACGCACCGAAGAAUGAGUUCGAUUGGGAAAGCACGGCUAUCGCCAAGGAUUUGGCUAAAAACAUGACGAACGAUAAACGCGGAGAGCGAACUCUGGGUGAGUCGUUUCAAAUGCACACUACGUCUACUUCGAGGAAGACAGAGGUCACUGGAGGAGCCCUUGACAAGUUGAAAACGCUCCCGCUUGGAAUUCAAGCAGAAUCCACGGCGCAGUACACCUGUGACACGACGUUGUGGGAGCAAACAACAACACCCAUCCAACUGGGGCACAUCUCAGAGAUGACCUCAUUUACCAGUGAAGAAGAAGAAGAAGAAAAAGAAGACAACGAUAUCCGUCACCCGGAGGACUACUCAAAGAGUCCAACCCUGUCUAUCAGUCGAAACACCAGGCGGCACGAAGAAGCGACGCUGGUGGUACGGUCAGAAGCACCCUCGGCACGGACGGAGCAGGUUUCCGAGCUGACACCGCUUUGUAGUAGCCCGUCAGAGGAGAAGGAUCGGGUGGAACAGGUCGGAGGACAAAGCACCGGUUCUCAGCAAUUGCCCUGGACAGGAAUC